GCGUGCGUUUGCGCUGUCGCAUGAAUUUUCGCAGGUGGUGAUUUUUCGGUACCGAAACGAGAGAAGCUCGAGGUGUGCGCCGGUCGGCGUGUUCGCACUCGAGAAGCAACAACACAAAUCCGAGGCGCCCUGGUCGAGGGGCGUAGUCCGAAAUCGAAGAAGCAAAAAGGAUUUACUGGCAUAUAUCUUACAUCAGAUUUCGUGCUAUCCCGUGAGAAGAUUAUGAGACCGUAUACGUAAGGAAGAAUAGAAAGAGAAAAGGAGAAGAAGGAGAACGACGAGGCAAGAGCAAAUUGGAAUCGUUUUGGCACACAAACCAUCUAGUUACUGUAACACUACAUAUAUGAUGUCCAGUAGCUUUGAAUCGAAUUCGUCGACAGUGCCUUGAUUUUGAAAAUUCGAUUAAAGUGCACGCCAAAGAUUCAACGACAUUCUGACUUAUCAUCGUGCCAACGAGAAUCACUGCCAAUGUGCAAUUCGGCAGAUACUUCUUACGUACAAAAAUUAGGUUAUUUGCAUCUUGGAGAUGAUACUGCGGAUGCUGGUGGUACCACUAGAGGCUCGGGUUCGAGACCCGAAGCCCAGGUACCUGUGUCAAGAAAUGCGAUUAACAGGAACGACGCUAGAGCGUCUGGUAGACCGGUCGGCGCUAUUGAGAGUUUUAUUGAAGGCAAUUCUUCAGAUAUCUCUAGACAAGUAGCCGCCACUGAAUAUAAAUUAUAUGAGCGUGAAAACAUAAUAGCUGCUUCACGAUUUGCUACGCCGAAACCAGUAGAACAAAUCAGUGCGCAGCAACAGCAACAACAACAAAAUCAGACUCGUACAAGCCAUCAACAGGCUCCUGUUUAUGAGAAUAUAGAUUACUAUCCACAGCAGAAUCAGCCACAUCCUCCUUAUUAUCAUCCAAUAGAAUCUAGGAAAAGCCCCAAAGGUAGUCCUAGAGGUUCCCUAGUUGGUGAUUCCUAUGAAGGCAAUUACAGGAAAGCUCAACCGCAAGUGCCAACUGGCAAUCGUUAUCAAAGUGCAUCACCAGCAAAAGAAUUACCGCCGUAUGAAGCACCACCAGUAUACGAAAACAUACAGGAAGUGCACUUUUCUGAGAGCAUGCAAAACAAGCCAGGACCUCAAGUUCCACCGAAUUAUUAUCAUCCAGCAAACAUCAAUGGCGGUGACUACGUUGUUAUGACUGGAAAAGUGAGUCAAUCUCAAAAUCAACGUGGAAUGACUCAAAGUUUAUCGUAUACUCAACAAAGAAGUGGAAGUAUACGCGGUCAGAGUUACGAUGGUUCAAGUUUACAGCGAUCAAUCGAUUCAUCUACUGCUAAGUACUUACAGAGCUCAUCCUCUGCUUCCUCAGAUCUUCAAUCUGGUAGAAGCGCUUACGUACCUCCCUCCGAAUUGCAACCACCAAAUAGAAACUUUAAUUACAAUACUGAUCAGCAGCAGCAACAAUCUUCAAGAUCUGGUUUACCAUACCAUAGUGAAUCCCCUCCGAUACGCUUACCACCAGAACCUCAUCAUUAUCGCGGUUCAUUGGAAAAUACUAUAAGUGGACAACAAGGAUUUCGUGCUACAAAUCAGGUUGAUAAUAAUCAACCUUCUCAAUUUCGACAGGAUAAUCCGCAAAUUAAUUAUAAGCCGUAUGAAGUUUCUUCAAGGACUACAAAUACAAAUUUCACAGGGGACUCGCAAACUAGAAAUUCUCCAGUAUAUGGAAUUCGUCCAGGAGAACAGACUGCAUGUCGUAAUCCUCCAUGUUAUUCUCCAAAUCGUUCAAUGCCUCAGAGUGACAGAAACUAUCAUCAUCAAGAAAAUUUCCCCGCCAGAAAUUCUCCUGUUUAUUCUUCAAAUCGCUCAGCAGAACAUUUGAGAUUAGGCACAUUGCAACAAAGUGAUCGAAACUACAUGUCAGAUGUAUCAGAUCUCCCACCUACAAGGAGUUCAUCUUUAUACUCUCCAAGCCGAAGUGAUCCUACUAGGGCUAUUGUUGCCAACAAUAAUGCAGUGAGAGAAUCUCCGAAAAGCCCAACUCAUGGUCAAAUACCAUUAGAUAUUGCUUCGCAAAAUAUAAUUAAUUCGCCAAGACAUGGACUGUCUCUUUCGUCUACCAAUUCUAUUGGAAGUCCUAUACGUGGACAGGUACAAGCACCUGUCAAUAGUGCUUCAACUACAACUAAUGAAAUUGAUGCUAAUGCUGGUCCCAGGAUCACGAGCCUUCCUCCUGGCGUUACCAGUGGAGUUGCAGGGCCCGUACUUUUAAAUGCUGGUGUUCCUGUGUUGCAAAGACCUUCGGAUUCGGAAGCAGAAGAGAGAAAAUCUGUUAGUCCGCCGAUCAAGCCAGCACCUGGCAAGGGACUCUUACCCUACAAUGUCAUUUCUAGACCUUCGGGACCAACGGAAGCGGAAAGAAAAAUAGAGGAAUUAACGAGACAACUUGAAGAAGAAAUGGAGAAACAAGAGGAAGAAGGAGAAUAUUUUGGUAUUUGCCAUACAUGUGGUGAGAAAGUGACCGGUGCCGGACAGGCUUGUCAAGCAAUGGGUAAUCUCUAUCAUACCAAUUGCUUCAUAUGCUGUUCCUGCGGAAGGGCUCUCCGUGGCAAAGCUUUUUACAACGUUCAUGGCAGGGUUUACUGUGAAGAGGAUUACUUGUAUUCUGGUUUCCAACAGACAGCCGAGAAGUGCGCGAUUUGCGGCCACCUUAUCAUGGAAAUGAUACUGCAAGCCAUGGGCAAAUCGUAUCACCCGGGCUGCUUCAGGUGUUGCGUGUGCAACGAAUGUCUCGAUGGCGUUCCCUUUACGGUCGAUGUUGACAAUAAGAUCUAUUGUGUAAACGAUUACCACAGAAUGUUCGCGCCUAAGUGUGCAUCUUGUGGAAAGGGAAUCACGCCGGUUGAGGGAACUGAGGAAACGGUUAGGGUGGUCUCGAUGGACAAAGACUUUCAUGUGGACUGCUACGUUUGUGAGGAUUGUGGCAUGCAAUUGACCGACGAGCCGGAUAAACGGUGCUACCCACUUGAAGGCAGACUUAUGUGUCGUGCGUGUCACAUCCAACGCAUAUCGCAUAUGCAACCGAGAGCACCGCAACCGGUGUCCGCUAGCUAUCAGUUUAUGGGCUAAGUGUACUGAUGUUCAAGCAUCUGCCGGACCAUUUCGAAUUGCGCACGUAACACCCAUCCGAUGAAGAAUGCUAUGAAAAUCAAUUAAAUAAAACGAAGGAAUCAAUGUUAACAUAUAUUCCUGAAUGUUAUAGAAUCAGGACAUACAUAUCAUAUAUCAUAAUACAUAUUAGGGCCUAGUUUUGAAAAUAGACUUUCUCGGCAAAAUUGAUUAAAAAACGGGGAAAAGCGACGAUGUGAUAUCAAUUAAUAGCUUUGAUUUAAUUGAGUUAACAGCUUCCACUCUAAUCUUCAAACCAUCAAAAACAAUUGACAAGGGACCAUCUCGGUUUGUACAACAAGUUAAUGAAAAUUUUUGAUAUCAGUAAAAGUUGACAACAUAAGAUGUAAAUUAAGGAAAAAGGCAAGAGCGUAUAGGUCGUAGGUUCUAAGAAAUUUA